CUUCUGCGUGUUGCUGUGAGUGGAUGCUCAGCUCCUGUUUUUGGAAAUGUGUUCCCGCCGAAGGCGCGUUCCGCAAAGGUGCUGUGCUUGCGGAUGUUUAGAACCCACCAAGUGCUUGGGUCUCAGGCAGUUCCAAAGCCAGAUCUGCAUUAGUACAGAAAAGACUUAAAAUAGAAAGAACACUCUUAAAUCAUGUCAGCAGCAUACUUGAAUCAGUUGCAGCACAAUUUUAGACUGGCUUUGUAGGGCUUAUGCAGAAGGUGUUUCUGUUUAUUAUGAAUACUUUAUGAAUACUUUUUACUAUAUAAAUAUAUUAUGAAUGGAUCCACGUAAUUUUUGUGGUUAGAGGGUUUGAGCUCCUGCUAAUACUUUCCUUGCUCAAAGGAAGUAUUUAAAUAAAUGCUUUCCUUACUUCAAAUCCUGAGUUCCCCAUUCGUUUCUGUAGUGCAGCUCUUUGUAUGCAUGUCAGAGAAAAUACAGGCCUCACAAAGACAGCAUCUGCUAGCAUGGGUAGACAUUAUUAUCCCAUCUUAAAAAUGACUCUCAAAUUUUUUUAGGAAACACUUACAUUGUAUCACUUUGAAAAACCAUUGAUCUGUAUCUUCACAUGUAGGGUUUGUUAGUGUAUUUGCACAAAUUGCAUUUCAGCAGAUAAUGGACAAGUUCAGGUAUUUUCAGAAAAAAAAAAAAACAACUGGGAAAUGGGGCACUCUUGUUUCCAGUUUCUAAUAUGAGGCUGGUACAUAAAGAUCAGAACUGGCAUUUUUUUCUGUAUUCUGUACUGUGUAUAACCUGACAGUUGGAAGGAAGACUGAAGAAUACCUAAUGCAGGUUUAAUGCUAUUUUUGCCCAUUAUUACUGAAUGGGUAAUGUGUCCCUUGGAAUUUAGAGACCCUGCUGCUGUGCAGAUGUAGGAUCUUAGUCUGCAAAAAAUUAAUGUAGAGAGUCGGACUGAUUGCACACAUGACAUUUGGUUCUUCCAAAUGUAGACAGUAGGUAACUACAUUAGGUACUUGAGCGUAUAAGAAAAGUAGUGCUGUUGGAAACAGAAGUUUUUUGGUUGUGAAAACAUGGGACACAAAAGUAGCAUGUAGUAGUUCAGAGAAGCCUGUGUUGUGUAGAGUUUGUGACAGUACUAACAGUAAAUGGUUCAUUUUAUGGUCCUUUCAACUUGGUGACUGAAGAUUUUUGAACAUCUGAAGAAAUGCCAUGAGGGGAAGUUUCUUUACUCUGAGGGCUCCUGAUAGUAAAUCUGUAUCGCAGUUGUGUGCUGAAACCAGAAUUCCUUUGACAGAUUUGAGAUGCUCUCAAUUUUUUUUCCAUGUUAAAUAUGUGAAUGAAAGAGACGUCUGUCAAUCUUCAUAUGGCAGAUUGUCCCUUGCUUGGGAGCAUAAACUGGAACAUAGGAAGCUAGGUUCAAAGUUCUUUCUCAAAUAUCCCAGGACAGGUUUCAUUCCUGCUUCUAAAAGACAAGAGAGCUCAUUUCCACCGAGUUGAUUUAGUGAAAAUCAGAAGCAGGACUUUAUUGUGUAGUAAUUAGAAGAGAUGAGGAGAAAAGUCUCUUCAAAUGACAAGGGAAUUCCGUAUAAACAACUGACUGUGGGUGUCCCCAAGGAGAUAUUUGAGAAUGAGAAGAGAGUGGCUCUGUCACCGGCUGGAGUUCAAGCCUUGGUUAAGCAAGGCUUCAAUGUUGUGGUGGAAUCUGGUGCUGGAGAAGCUUCUAAAUUUUCUGAUGACCAUUACAGAGAAGUUGGAGCAAAGAUCCAAGGGACCAAGGAAGUCUUGGCUUCUGAUUUGAUUGUGAAAGUGAGAGCUCCUAUGUAUAACUCAUCUCUAGGUGUACAUGAGGCAGAUCUUUUCAAGACAGCAGCGACCCUGAUUAGUUUUAUCUACCCAGCACAAAAUCCAGACCUCCUGAAAAAACUUGCAGAAAAAAAAGCUACUGUCUUGGCUAUGGAUCAGGUUCCACGGGUCACCAUUGCUCAGGGAUAUGAUGCACUUAGCUCUAUGGCCAACAUUGCUGGUUACAAGGCUGUGGUCCUAGCAGCAAAUCACUUUGGUCGAUUUUUCACGGGUCAAAUCACAGCUGCUGGUAAAGUUCCUCCAGCAAAGGUGCUGAUCAUUGGAGGAGGGGUUGCUGGCCUGGCUUCUGCAGGAGCAGCAAAAUCGAUGGGUGCAGUGGUUCGUGGAUUUGAUACUAGAGCUGCAGCCCUGGAACAGUUCAAGUCUCUUGGUGCUGAGCCUUUGGAAGUAGACAUAAAGGAAUCUGGAGAGGGACAAGGUGGUUAUGCUAAAGAAAUGUCCAAAGAAUUUAUUGAAGCUGAAAUGAAACUCUUUGCCAAACAGUGCCAAGAUGUUGACAUUAUCAUUACUACAGCACUUAUUCCAGGUAAAAAAGCUCCGAUCUUGUUUAAGAAAGAUAUGAUUGAAUCAAUGAAGGAAGGUUCAGUUGUUGUGGAUUUAGCUGCAGAAGCAGGAGGAAAUAUUGAGACUACAAAGCCUGGAGAAAUGUAUGUUCAUAAGGGUGUUACACACAUUGGGUACACAGAUCUGCCUAGCAGAAUGGCUACUCAGGCCAGUACCCUGUAUUCUAAUAAUAUUAUCAAACUUCUAAAAGCUAUUAGUCCUGACAAAGAGAACUUCUACUUUGAUCCAAAAGAUGACUUCGACUAUGGGACUCUGGAUCAUGUUAUUAGAGGAACUGUUGUAAUGAAGGAUGGCAAAGUGAUUUUCCCAGCACCUCCACCAAAUAACAUUCCUCAGGGAGCACCAGUGAAGCAGAAGACUGUAGCAGAGCUGGAAGCAGAAAAAGCUGCUACUAUUACACCUUUUAGAAAAACCAUGACUACUGCAGCUGUAUACACAGCAGGUCUAGCUGGUAUGUUAGGGCUGGGCAUUGUAGCACCUAAUGCUGCUUUCACACAAAUGGUGACGACAUUUGGCCUCUCUGGGAUAGUGGGGUACCACACAGUGUGGGGUGUGACUCCUGCUCUGCACUCGCCACUCAUGUCUGUGACUAAUGCUAUCUCAGGUCUGACUGCAGUUGGUGGGCUGGUACUGAUGGGAGGGCACUAUCUCCCUCAUAACAUUUCCCAAAGCCUAGCAGUGCUUUCAGCCUUUAUAUCUUCAGUCAAUAUUGCAGGUGGCUUUUUAGUUACACAGAGGAUGCUGGAUAUGUUCAAACGUCCCACAGACCCUCCUGAGUACAACUACUUGUACCUGCUCCCUGGUGGUGUAUUUGUAGGAGGCUAUGCAGCUGCUCUCAGCGGUGGCUAUAACAUUGAACAAGUGAUGUAUCUGGGCUCAGGACUGUGCUGUGUUGGUGCCCUGGCUGGUUUGUCUACCCAAGGAACAGCUCGUCUUGGAAAUGCUUUGGGUAUGAUUGGUGUUGCAGGAGGUUUAGCUGCAACUCUUGGAAGCCUUAAUCCCUCGCCUGCAUUGCUGGCACAGAUGUCAGGUGCAAUGGCACUUGGUGGGACCAUAGGUUUGACAAUUGCUAAACGCAUCCAGAUUACAGAUCUGCCUCAGCUGGUGGCUGCUUUCCACAGUUUGGUUGGUUUGGCUGCUGUGCUCACCUGUGUAGCAGAGUACAUGAUUGAAUAUCCUCACUUCGCCACCGAUCCUGCUGCAAACCUCACCAAGAUUGUGGCAUAUCUUGGCACAUACAUUGGUGGAGUGACAUUCAGUGGCUCUCUUGUUGCAUAUGGAAAAUUGCAAGGUAUCCUGAAUUCUGCACCUCUGCUCUUGCCUGGUCGGCAUGCAUUGAAUGCAGGAUUGCUGGCUGCCAGCAUUGGUGGGAUGGUACCCUACAUGAUUGAUCCUUCUUACACCACGGGAAUUACUUGCCUGGGUUCUGUGUCAGCACUCUCAGCCAUAAUGGGUGUCACUUUAACAGCAGCUAUUGGAGGUGCUGACAUGCCUGUAGUUAUUACUGUCCUGAACAGUUACUCUGGAUGGGCUUUGUGUGCUGAGGGCUUUCUCCUGAACAACAACUUGCUGACCAUUGUUGGUGCACUCAUUGGCUCCUCUGGGGCCAUCCUUUCUUACAUCAUGUGUGUGGCUAUGAACCGUUCCCUUGCAAAUGUGAUUCUUGGGGGCUAUGGCACUGCAUCAACGGCUGGUGGGAAACCCAUGGAAAUUACUGGAACUCACACAGAAAUCAAUGUGGACAAUGCAGUUGAAAUGAUAAAAGAAGCCAAUAGUAUUAUUAUUACUCCAGGUUAUGGCUUGUGUGCAGCAAAAGCUCAGUACCCAAUAGCUGAUCUGGUGAAGAUGUUGAGAGAGCAAGGGAAAAACGUCAGGUUUGGUAUUCACCCUGUGGCUGGCCGUAUGCCUGGUCAGCUGAACGUUCUGCUAGCAGAAGCUGGUGUUCCCUAUGAUAUUGUACUGGAAAUGGAUGAAAUCAACGAAGACUUCCCAGAGACCGACUUGGUCCUUGUAAUUGGUGCAAAUGAUACAGUUAAUUCAGCAGCUCAGGAGGAUCCAAACUCUAUCAUAGCUGGAAUGCCAGUUCUUGAGGUCUGGAAGUCCAAACAGGUCAUUGUAAUGAAGAGAUCCCUGGGAGUUGGUUAUGCAGCGGUGGACAACCCCAUCUUCUACAAGCCCAAUACUGCCAUGUUGUUGGGAGAUGCUAAAAAGACCUGUGAUGCCCUGCAGGCCAAAGUCAGGGAAUCGUACCAAAGCUAAAUACUGAUUUAUAUUCUGCUCAUAUUUCCGACUACAGUUUUGUCACAGAGGUCACAGAAAAUGAGAGGUGGAAGAAUCUCUCAAUGUCCUAAGGCAGCUGGCUUUUGGAGAAGACUGCAUUGACUCCUAGGAGAUGUAGUUCGGUCAGGGGAUAUAGACUUUUAUAAAAAGAUGGGCAGAUUAGCCCUUCAAACUAAAUCUCCAAUGAGACAAUGCAUAAAAGAAUGAAAAUAGGUUUUUUUUAAGGUCAAUAUUGUGCUGUUACAAGAAGGAACUAAUAGCUCAUGGCCAUCUUUAAGUAGUUACUGACUUCCUCCUCCUUACUGUCUGUACUUCUGUCAUGGAAAUUCACUAAAAAGUACUGUGCCAAAACUGUAUUCAGUCUUAUCAUCAAAGCUAUUUUUUGGCUGGUAUGGACAAUGCAACUGUUGAUUUCAUCAAAACUUAAAAAUAAUUUCAAACAGAUGCAAGCAGAAGCAAAUCCUUGCAUGUCCCUUCGAACUCAGGACAUUCUCUGAAAUAGAUGCCUACAUGAUUUGAGAUCUAAGCAUAAUGCUCUUUUUCUUUUGGGGAUUGUAUGGAUGCUGUGAAUCAGGAACAUUUUAGGAAAGUUACUUUUCUUUAAAAUACGGUUCCACUUUUUAUGGUGCACACUUGUGUUAAAUGAAACACAGGAUAUCAGGCACUUGCCAAGUAGUCUUCAAGUCUGACAAGGAAAUGUACAUUUACUUGCACUGCUUACCUAUUUUAAGCAGCUGCUAAAUUCUCCAUAAUUUCCAGUCGAGGCCUUUUUAAGUGUCUGAGAAAAAGUAUAGUCCAAUUCUGCACAGGCAGAAUGUCUUGCAUGCCUGAUGCUGUUCACAGAAUUUGGACCACAGUGUUUCAGUUUGUUCACUUAGGUUUUGAUUGUACUUACUACUUUAGUAGUAGUGAUGCUUUCUUAAUAUUCUUGUGAUGCUGAAAAAAACACAUUUGAACUCUCACUCUCUAUUCUGCUCUUGUGUGAUCCCACCUGGAUUGCUGUCUUCAGCUCUGGGGGCCCCCAACACAAAAAAGAUGUUGACCUGUUGGAACAAGUCCAGAGGAGGCCACUAGGCUGAUCACAGGCCCUGAGCACCUCUGCUGUGUACACAGGCUGAGAGAGCUGGGACUGCUCAGCAGGGAGCAGAGAAGGCAUCAGUGACACCUUGUAGCACUUUCCAGUACCUAAAAGGGACCCCAGAGAGGGCAGGAGAAGGACUUUUCACAUGGACAUGCAGUGACAGGAGAGAGGGGAAUGGAUUCAAACUAAGAGGACAGAUUUAGACUAAAUGUUAAGAAAUUCUUUGCUGUGAAUAUGGUGAGGCUCUGAGACAGGUUCCCAGAGAAGCUGCGGAUUCUCCAUCCCUGGAAUUGCUCAUGACGAAGGCUGUAUGGGGCUCUGAGCAAUCUUGUCAAAUGGAAGGUUCCCUGCCCAUGGGGUUCCAAUUGCACCUGGAUGGUCGUUAAGGUCCCUUACAGCCCAAGCCAUUCUAUGCUUCUGUAUUUAAGAUGCUGAAGUUCAUUAGAAUUUUUUCUAAAUAAAUAAGCUAUUGUUUAGACAGCACAGAAACAUACUAAACUAAAAAUCCAGUGUUUUGAUUGACUUUUCACUAAUCUAAUUAAAAGCACUGUUUAAUUUCCAUAAUAAGUCCAGCAAUUUUACAUUAUGACAUAGAUUGCUGUUUCGUUUUUAUUCUAGUAAGUAUCCUUGACUGAAAUUCAAAUAUUUGCCUAAUAACAUGGAUUUGUCAUAUUUCCAUAAUGAUAUAGCAACUGUUCAUGGUGAAAAGGCAAAAUAGAAAUUGCUGUCCUUGUGUUAGAGAAGACAAACUAAUAUGAAGAAAGUCUUGAAAUUAAUCCAUCUUGGUCAAGAGAACAAACAUUUUUUUAUUACACCAUGCAAAGAGACCUCAUAUAAAAUACAGCAUUUCUUCUUGGCUACCUCUGUUUUUAUGUGAAGAUCACUUAAAACACAGAUUUUGAACAGGUAAUACAUUAAAAAUGUACCAAUAUACUGCAGAUCUAUCAUUUUUGCAGAUCUCUUUUCUAUGAUUUGACAUAAAAUUUUUCAUGCAAGCACUUAUAUAUUGUAUACUGCAGGAAAAGGCUUGUAAUUGAAUUUUAAUUUAAAACACUGUGACAGCUAUAUUUGAAUGUAGCGUGUAUGGCUUCUCAAUUUCAUUGUAUUCAACUUUUCCUUCAGGUCUAUAAAAAUAGGAGGGAAAUUGGAGAAGAGGGAAGACAAAGAAUUAAUUCUCCAUCUCCCUCCCAACUAAAAAAAAGGGGAUUUGAAGGGAUCUAACAUGCUAAAGCAUUAAUUUUUAUCUUGUCAAACUUGAAGUAUCCAGCUGCAGUAUGCAUCAUGUCUCUGUUCAUAUAUAGGUAAUAAAAGAUCUAGCUUUUCUUUAAAAAAUAGCAGAUGGGAAAGGGGGAACCCCUUUUCAUUUGUACUUGGAGAAAAACCCCAUUUUGUUUCUUUAGAUCAGUAGUACCACGGUUCUCUUUAACAUGCGCUUUACCGUGAAACACUAGAUAAUUGCUGAAGUGCUAAUAAAAAGUCAGUUAUUUUUCUCUGUUGA